AUGAAACAAAAGCACACUCAUGACACUCUGGCUCUAUUCUAUGGACUGCCAAAAAUCCACAAACCGAAUGUCUCACUUCGGCCAAUCGUUGCCCAUAAAGGUAUUCCUAACUAUAACUUGGCAAAGUGGAUGUAUAGAAAACUGAAAUUCCUCCAAGGCAACUCCACUACCUUAGUUCAGUCAGCCUCUCGAUUCCUCGAAGACCUUCGAGGUCAGACGAUUCAAACGGACGAAAUCAUGGUCUCUUUCGAUGUGACUUCGUUGUUCUUGCACAAGAGACUUGAAGAGGCAUAUGAGGAGACCCGAAGCCCACUCAAAAUUAAACAUAUCAUGAGGUUCUUCGAAUUCUGCCAAACAACAUACUUUACCUUUGUCGGAGAAGCCUAUGAACAGAUCAGAGGUACUCCGAUGGACUCCCCGAUCUCCGACUUAGUGGCAGAACUGGGCCUGCAAGAGCUAGAAAACACCGCCUUCAACCAAUACAAACCUGUCUUUUGGCGUCGCUACGUUGAUGACACGUUUGUCACCAUCGAGAAGAGCAUGCUGCAAAACUUCCACAAAUUGCUCAAUGGAAUCUUUCCUGACAUACAAUUCACGAGGGAAGAAGAAAAAGAGCAGCGGCUGCCUUUGCUUGAUGUCCUCGUCAAGAUUACGCCAAAAGGUGAAAUCGAGACGACGGUUUACAGGAAGGCAACAAACACGACACAACUCAGUUUUCAGAGCAACUAUCCAGUUGUUCACAAGCGGAGCUGUGUAAAAACGCUCUUUAAACGGAUUCACAUUCACUGUAAUAUGCCGGAGGAAAAGGUACGCGAGGCCCGAUAUCCCCGCGACCAAUUUAUGCGGAAUAGUUAUCUAAAAGUAUUUAUAAACCGAUGCCCACUAGCUCGGCCCCGGAGGACCCAAACGGAAGAACCACCGAGGAUAUGGCACGCUCUGCCAUACAUCAAGGGCGUCUUAGAAGCGACUGAGCGCAUCGCUGCAGGUUAG